AUGUUUUCGGGCCUUCUAGCCACCAGGAUGGCAGUCUUCAGGACUCCACUCGUUUCUGCGAUUCCAAAAAUGCCGCUGCUCCGUCAAUCCAUGUCUCCCGUGCUUGGAAUAAGUCGUUCGAUUAGCGUUAGCACACCGAGAUGGGCCACUUUAAAUCAAAUCAAAAGAGGUGUUGAGCCUCCAAAACGCAAAAAGGCCACUGUCUCGCCCGAUCUAUACCAAUGUCCACUUCGCAAAGGUGUGGUUCUCAGAGUCAUGGUCCUAAAGCCCAAAAAACCCAACUCUGCGCAGCGGAAAGCGUGCAGAGUGAGACUCACCAAUGGAAAGAUGAUUUCUGCGUAUAUCCCCGGCGAGGGCCACAAUGCUCAGGAACAUAGUAUAGUAUUCGUCCGCGGUGGUCGUUGUCAGGAUCUACCAGGUGUCAAAUACCGUGUCAUUCGCGGUGGAGGCGAUUUGAGCGGUGUGGUUAACCGUAUCACGUCUCGUUCCAAAUAUGGGGUCAAAAAGCCCCAAAAGGCCUAG